AUGAGCCAAAAGUGCCACACGGAUAAAAAACGAGCCACAAUGCAUGGCACCCGUGUCAUAGUUGGCCAUUGUUGUCAACUGGUUACCAUAUAUGGAACAAACCUAAUUAUGCUUUUAAUUGUUAUGCAUAUAAUUCAAGCCCAGAAAAAAAAGUUCUAUGCGUGGGGUAUUCUUCCCGAAGUUUACCUGGUGCCUCUUUUGCUCGGAUUAGUAAAAGUUUUUUUUACCAGAAACUUUUGCUGGUCUCCCGACGCAUAUUUCGAACCAUAUACUUUUGCUUCGGCGAAUUUUUGGGAACAUCUGUUGGGGGGUAGUCUUUGUGCUGCUAAUAAUCUACAGAUCCAAUUUAUUGGAUUUGGACCAGGGAAAUAUUGUGUAUUACUGGCCUUUGGCUAUAAAUAUAUAUGUACGAUGAUGUCGGGUGAAAGUGUUCGAAGGAAAUCAGAUUUUUUAUUUGAUGGCCUGAAGAUUAUAACAUCCAUCUACCUGUUGUCUGGUAAAAGUUUACUUUUACCUGAUUCCAGUAGAAAAACAGUGGAACUGGCAAUAUGGAUAUUAUUUACGGAGGUUUUGGCUUCGAAAGAAGCUAGAGCUGAAAGAAAUAAUUUUACAACAUUGGAAACAACAUAUUCUGGUGGGCUGCUUUGGGUAUUAAUGCUGGUCAUUUUUGACCGGCUCUAUGUUCAUUGUGGUCUUUUCGGCUAG